AACAACACUCCGUAUUCACAUACAGGUCCUUCGUCUCCUUGCUAAAGUCUCGCUUGCAUGUCGAGCCAUUGAUAGCAGGCACCCCAUCGCUGGGUAGCAAACGCCAACAAACGGAGCCAAUGACAUAGUUCCCCAGAUCCCUGCCAGCCUCAUUCCCCUGCCACCCAACUUUGCCCACCGCCUGCGCCUUGACUGUACAUACUUGCCAACAACUACAUCAUCAUAUGAACCAGAACGUGGCACGAGACUGUCUUUAGUCACUCGGUCGAAUCGCCUUGACUUUUCCCAAACCGCCAUUUGUGCCUCCCGUCAGAGCCGAUACCAGGUACCGUUGUCCACGAUCGGACGCUGUGACAACCUUCAAGUCCUACCCGCCUAAGCGCCGUAGGACAAUCGCAAUCUCUCCACAACCACUUCCCAGAUACAAAUGAUACCUACGGUAUAAGCGCCUUGAUCACGGCCGGCGCGGGUCGCAUCAUGCAACUUCCCGUCCAUCAUGCCUUCCAGGAUUCGAGAUAACAGUGCCGAGAGGCGGCGAGAAAAGAAGGAAUCUUCAAAACAUGAAAAAGAUCGAGAUCGGAGAGACAAAGAUCGGGACAGAGACAGAGACAAGGACAAGCACAGAUCUCAUCGCAAAAUCUCAACCAAGGAAAAGACCUCUUCAAGAACAUCCCUCUCUCCGGUUGACGACAAACGGCGGCCCUCCAUGCCUGGCAAAGUGGAAGAGACACCUCUCAAGUCCGAAUCAAAAUCCAGCCUGCCCUACCCAUCCUUUUCGAAAGAGCACAGUCGUGAGGCUGUAGGAAGCGCAGCCCGACCAGUCCUGAACAUACUCACCCCUCCAGCCACGGACCUGAAUGCUUCCAAAGACAAACUGUCAACGACGAAACACAGUAGCCCCAAUGCACCUCCCAGCCCACCAUUGACCGAUAAAAAUGCUGGCUCAGGGAGAUGGAAAUCGAGCGCCGGCAAGCCUGUCUCUGUGCAGACGAUUGCCGAGGAGGAGAGAUCGUCGAAUGGCGGGAAGGAUGCAAAGAUCAAAGUCCGCCUCCGACCACAGUCGUCAAGAUCGAAUGGUCAUCUACGAAGCACAUCAGAAUUGGGGACCGAUAGUUCGCCUACGAGGAAGCAUCGGGAUGUAAUCGACAAAUCUCACAAACCAUCCACGCCGCUCCGCAACAACAUUCCCCAACGAUCUGUCAGUCAGCCGACGAGAACAGAGUCUCCAUCUACACCAACCACCACAGCGACCGAGUCAGUAGCGAAUACCAGCUCCGAUGCGACGUCCAUCGCACCGGAACAACCUACCAUCCAGCGACCUGGAUCCAAAGUACCCUCAGCUACCGUUUAUUCACAUGCACACACACCCGGCUCCAUACAUCCACAGUCACAAGGAGUCACACCGUUGGAAGUGUUUAUGGAGAGGGAGCCGUCGUUACUGUCAGAGACCCCAGGAGGAGUAUCUGCAACGCCUGGCCCUCCGCCUCCGCCGCCUCCUCCAGCUCCUGUUGCAAUUCCAAAAGUUGACUACCUUCUCCAACAUGGCGGACUGCAUCGUGCAGUACCUAAAAACCUCUUGCUGGCAGGAAAACCGAUGGCAAUCCAGCAGGCACAGUCUCCUGCACAGACUCCUAUUGUGAUUGCAAACCUGUUCGAGCCCUAUACUGCCCUGCUUGAUGAUUUUGACAAAGUCAUGUCCAAGAACGGAUCAUUAGCUGUCGCGACUGGGUAUCGAUCAGUUGCACGACGUCUACUCGACAGGUUGGAAGCCGUAUUUUCGCGUGAUAUCUCAUCAGAGGCUUGCCAGUGUCCAAUGUGCGAGUACGAUCACUCCGAAGAUGUCAGAGGAGUCAGCUGGGGUGAAGUACUCGAACUAGUGUCUGGUCGGAGAGAUUUGCCCGCAUGGCCUCCAUUCGCUUUUACGCAGUCUCCUAUCGGUUUGGGCAUCUCGCUUGAAUUUCACGUACCGAUGCAAAAGCUAGAUAUCGAUGUUCCCGAAGAAUAUCGCGAGCACUAUAUCCGGCAAUCACGCAAAACGAAGCAAAGUGUGGACAAAUGGUUGACUCGGCAGACCGACAAUCCAAGCUCGCCACCAGAAGAAGUCGAUGAAGAGACGCUCACUUUUGCAAUUCUAACGCAUCUGCCUGCUGACCAGAGACCCGUUUUUAAAGACCUUCUCGGUAUUGUGGAUCGACCCAUCGAACCACCCAGGAGAAUACCAACACCAGAACUUCAGACGCCGAACGGUGCAAUGAGGCCUCCACAGCCAACACCUACUCCCGCGCCGGUGCCAAAGAUCAGACCUGCACAUAUCGCCAUAGCGUCUGAAGCCAUACAGCGUCUGUACCGGAUACACGCUGUACCAAGAGACUCGGAGACGGCCUUGUUCAUGUUGAAUAAUCCAACUCUACACAACGCCUUGGCCACGCUCGCAGCCAUCUCGAAUGACGAAUGGGAGAUUCUGGUAUCUGGACGUUUUGAUGGCUUCCUUCGUAGUGGUGCUGAAGAUGCCCCACCUUCAUGGCAUGACUUGCCUCCCUCACGAGGUCCUACACCGCAUCAUCAACCAAUGAGAGGUGCCACCCCAGGUUACGCAGGAACGGCGAAUGGUUCUGGCGGGACAAAUGGCCAACGUUCCCGACAAGGAAGUUACACACAGCCAUACACCACGGGCACAGCUCAAUACGGGGCUCCGAUCGCGUUUGACGAAGAGACUGAACUCGCGACGUUGGCCGAGAUCGAGCGUGACAUCUAUGCAGGCAUGGAGGCGCUCGAGGACGCGUUUGAGGCAUUGCACAAUAAAGCAGAGGUUGUUCGACGUGCGUUGCGUGAGCGUUCGGCCGGACUCGCGGCGGCACAACAAAGGCGACGCGGUGGUGUGGGUGGUUCAGGGAUCGAAGUCCGCAUGGACACUCCGGGUAAUCUUAGCGAUAGUGGUGGUGGUGGUGGCGGCGGUGGUGGAACGGGUCGAUGGGACGCCGAGACCGACGACGGGUUGGGUGAAUGGGAUGGGUUCAGUGAGAUUGCGCCGGACGAUAGUGCGAGUAACAUUUCCAGCGCGAGGCGACGAAGACCCAAACGGAGAAAUGAGAGACGGACGCCGGCAUUGAUCGAGGAGGAAGAUGAAGAUUUUGAUGGUGUCGGUAGUGAAGGUACCGGUAGUCCUAGGAAGAGGUGAUCGAUGAUCGGUCACCCUACUUUAGAUGUGUACCUAGGUACGGGGCGAGUAUUGUUGAUCCCAGACCCAUUCAGACACAGUCAUUGUACGGAGGGGAGUACUUUAUGUACGGAAUAGGAGUGACGCCUUUUUUUGCCUCUGCAUUUGCUUACAACUGGGGCGUUGAGCGUUUCGAAAGCAUUUAGCAUUGAGUACCGAAACAAAAAAAAACAUCGACUACGACUAUGAAUGCAUGUCACCGCAAGACCAGAAAGGGAAUACCUUGGGUAACUUGAACGAGGACAUUUCUGCGUUGGCACUUGUACAGGACAGUUUCAAAAAGUUGCCCAGUACCGAGAGUAUUGAUGUUCCUCUG